GCGAGAACAGCAUCUAGGUGCCUUUGAUUUAAAAAAAAAAUUAAUCGAUCUUUUUAAUUAAACUAUCAAUCUGACGUGUAAAUUAUUGUUGGUCACGGUUAGUGAGCAAAGUGCCAAGUCACAAGUGCGUUAUUAUUUAACAAGCUAUGACUUAAUUUAACUAUAUUAUAUUGAGAUUAUUAAACACAUUCAGAGAAAUUUGUCGAGGAAAUAAGCGGAAAUAAAAAAAAAAAGUAUAAUGCCAUUUUCUUCUGAAAAUCAUGGUAUUACAAUCGUCUGCUAAAUUAUACCUGAAAUCUGAAAAUACUUGAUAUAAUAUCGUUUGAAGGAGAAAAUCAAUUUUCAAGAUGCUGUUCGUAUUGUCGAGGAUACUAUCCCGUUCAAAUUGCAUUCUAAUUUUGAUAAUGUCUGAUCUCGCGGUUUCGGCGCCAUUCAAGUCUCGAAAGCGUUCGACAAGCGGAAGCGAACAAGGCUUCUCGGCCUCACCGAGGAUUCUGGAGAUCCAGCUGCCACUCAAGAUUGCUUCGAAGCAAGAUUUAGUAGCUUGGUCUAAGUAUGUGAUGGGUCUGGUAGCAUCCAAGGUGAAUUUCACGUCGUCUGGUUUAAAGACACACACCCUGUCAGCUGAGAAACGAGUGUCCCUUGCGGAUAACUCGGUCACCAAAUCAAAGGAGAUGAUAAAGAAGGCGCCUUUCAGUGAGAAACGACAAGGCUUCAAUUAUCCGGCCCGAAGACUCAAGGGACCCCAUAUGCAAAGAGGGGAUGAAAAAGUGAUGGCUUAUCCAUUGCCUUUAGGAGAAACAAAAAUCGCCAAUCCGCAAGAUCCUUUCAGUCUCCCUUCUUCAAAUAUAAAUGGACCGACUAACUUUGCGAAUUCCAAUGUAAACUUUAACGCAAACUUUGAAAAUCCCUUUCAGCAAAGUGAGAUUGAUACCUUCGGCAAUUUCGAUACGUUGGCGCAAUCGCCGUAUUUUCCAAAGGCCUUCGACAAUGAGCUCGGACAGACGCUACCAAUCGCUAUAAACGAUGAAUUGACAAGGAAUCUGUCACGUUUAGGUGAACCUCUUUUGAGCUUCCCAUUUCAAGCGGUGAUAACCAUCAAUAGCCAGCUUCCAGCAGCAACGACGAUCUUGAAUACGCAACCGAAAGAUUAUUUCGCGUUUCGUCCUCUUUCGCAGUUUGAAAGAGAUUUUGAAAAAAAUUACACACUUACAAACGAAUCUGGACAAAUCAAUGUUGUUUUCAAUGACUCGGGUACAAAUACGAACCGAAAGAAAACGAAUGAAUUUGCAAGAAAAGAAGAAAAAGAAGAAGAGGCGGAGGAGCAAGAGGAACAGAAAAAGAAAAGCGAAAAAAAGGCGAAAAGCACGAAGAAGCAGAAGUCGAGAAAGCAACAGUCGUCUGUACUCGGCGAUUUGUUGAGAAUGUUGGGUAUUCUGAGAAAACCAUCGAAAAAUACUACCGAGAUUAAUGUCGCGACACCUGUACUCUCUAUCCUGAAAGGUACAAACCCGCAGAAGAUACAGGUGACCUUCGACGAGGCGCUGCCUAAUCAAGAAAGACGCAAUGAAACGAGUAAUCAAGCGCAGGAGCUGAACGUAUAUAAUCUCGAUUAUUGUUUUAUCAUAAUAUACGCAAUAUACGCUAUUUGUAAUAUUAUUUCGCAGGACGAUGACGACGAGGAAGAAGAAGAAGAAGAAGAGGAAGAGGAGGGUGGAUCUAUACAAGCUCUGAUCGAUUUACUACCGUUAGCUGCGCCGAUUCUCGAAGACCUUAGUGAUCCGAAUUCCGAUACCGACAUAGCGGAAGUGCUUCAAGCCGCGAUUCCUCUUCUCGAGGGGCUCUCUGAUCCGGAAGAGGAUGGAAUUGAUAUUCCUGGAGUUUUGCUUCCACUUUCCCAAAAACUUAGCGAGGGCCCAGAAGGACAAGGUAGCGACUCUGGUGCCAUUUUAGGACCUCUCAUUCAACUGAUAGCACCGCUAAUCGGACCUCUUCUGGGGCCUCUGAUCGGUCCGUUGAGUCGUAGUAGUAGUGGUCCCACUGGUAAACAGGGAUCGGCAUCUAUAAUUUCAGCAGCGGCUGGCCCUUUGAGCCAGCCACAGGGACCGUAUGGACAAUCAGUAUUAUCGAACCUUGUCGCCAGUAUCACCGCUAAAUUGAGUAAAGAACUCGCCGCUUCAGCAGGUGAUUCAGACGUGAAAUCUCUAGUAAGUUCGCUGGUAUCAGGCGUACUUGCUGGUGCUAGCGCUGGUUCUAGCGGUCAUAAAAAUUACCGUCAUAACACUUAUGGUCAAAAAGACACAUAUUACGCACCUACAACCUAUGGCAGUUAUGGUACCUACGACAGUUAUAAACCACAGGAGGCUACAAACGACAUUUCCGCGAUCUUAAAGGAAGUCCUUGGCGCCUUCUUGAAACUGUCAGCCACAUCGUCAACCUCUAGCGCAAAUCUGUCCGGCACAUCGUCAAGUGGCAGCGCUGGUCUGUCCGCCAGUUCAUCGGAAGGUUCAUCUCAGCCACCUAAGACUCCCGCGUAUGGUCCACCGACAAAUCCGCCCUACGAAGCGCCGCCGUCCAUGAGGCCUGCUUACUCUCCACCUGCGAGCUCUCCCUACGAAACAUUCACGCGAAGGCGAGCACAUCAAAUAAAGAAAUUUUAAAUUAUAGUUGCAAUAUAUACUAUUUUAUUGAACGAGAAGAGAUGAUAAAUGAUUUAUCUGUUGUCUAUUUUAACAUAACUUGUAAAAGUGCAUAGAAUUGUUUUUCAGUCUUUCGGUUAUUCAGAUCCCUUUGAAAAGGCUUCGUUCCGCACAGAUGCCACGGAAAGUCGGCGCAUGAUUUCGCCAAUAAAUCCUGGUAAUAUUAUUUUGCAACAAUGAACUCAGUUGAAACUAGAAACACACGGUAUAUGCGAGCUAAUGUACGAUAAUCGCAGGAUAACUGCACAAGGACAGAAAUCACGUCAAACCUUCCCCUUACUUAAACUAUUAUUUCCGGAUAAUUAGCGUAAAAUGUAAUGUAAAUGACCUAAUUGCCAGUCACGUUUCAACACUUGCGUUUUUUUAACACUAAAACGAAUUUUAUUUGAUACAUAAAUAUAUAUCAUGAUUAAUAAUACUAUAAUAUAUGUAAAUGAUAAAUUUCGUUAUAUCUUUUUCUGUCAUAUAAUCAGUAAUCCGAAUUAUUUUCUAUUUAUUAUUAUUAUUUUUAAGAAUUAUUAUCAAAAAAUCUUAAAUGUAAUUUAAU